AUGGCGGCAAGGUGGAAGGUGUGGGUCGUGCGAGAGGAGCGGCAGGGAUGGACGACAGAGACGAACAAGGAGAGCAGUGCUGAGGAUGAGUGGAUGAAGAGAGGAAGAGGCGGAAACUAUGUUGUGGACAACGUUGUUCCUGGGGGUCUUGCAGACCGUUCGGGGCAGAUAAGAGCAGGAGAUGAAAUCUUGGAGAUCAACAGGAGGCCUCUACAGGGUUGCGGACCAGCAGAGCUCGCUUCUAUCUGUGCUGUGAGUACCGACAAAGAUAUCCAAGUGAAGUAUGUGAGGGGAGGAGAAACGAGCGAGAUCCUCCUGCAGAUACAGAGCCUGUACUCCCAACGGCAAAACAGCCUGGGGGAUGAGAAUGACUUGAAGAGUUCCAUUCGGAGGACUGCUGAGAUGGAAGCGAGAAAGUUGGAAGAGAAGGUUCAACAAUCAAGAAACCAAUACUCCAACCGUCUACAGGAAGAGGUGGAAAGGAGCCGAGCAGAAGGGUCGUCGCGUUUGGAGCUGCAGAUCAGGGUUCUUCGAGCGGAGUUUGACGCGAAGUUGGAGCGCUCACUCUCUGACAUCCGGCAGUCGCACAAUCAAAAGCUCGACGAGGAGCUUGAGAAACUGAGAGCCGAGUCCAAGAGAAGACUGCAAGAAAAGAUUGAAAAAUCACGUGCAGAUAGCAAGGCAAGAUUAGAAGCUCAACUGGAAAAAUUGCGUCAGGACAGUGCGCAAAGAUUGAAUCAGCAGCUUGCGGCAGAGAAGGAUAGGCUCGAUGCCCAACUCAAGUCAGAGAGAGACUGGCUUACCAUGGCCUAG